AUGGCCGCAGUUGCUGUUCCACCUCGAAGUUUCAACAAACAUGGUAACAAAUCACACACUCCAAAGAAUGAAAAAGAUUCUCUUGAAAUACUCAUGCAGAUGGGAUUCCCAGAAAACAGAGCAUUAAAAUCACUAGCUUCAACUGGAGAUAAAGGUGUGCAACUGGCAUCAGAUUGGUUAUUAAGCCAUGUUAACGACAUCACAUUAGAUGAAAAAGUCGACCGUGAUUAUAUCUUAUAUUUAUGUCCAGUCGGAGGUCUUCAAGCUGAACUCAAUGCAUUCUGGGAGAAAUCGCAGAAUUUAUGUGGAUGGAAUGGUGCACAUGCUUAUUUUCCUCACGUUACGUUGUGUGGAUUUUUUAAGGUAUCAGACAACAAAUUAAAGUUUCUCACUAAUGCCUUUUCUAACUUGGAAGCAAAGAUACAAAAUCUACCCCCAACGUUGAAAUUAGAAUUCUUUGCCCAAACCAGUUUUAUUGGUUUAUUUAUUGGAGGAGAGUAUUAUGAUAUUCUCAAAAAACUGGUUGAAGAAUUUGCUGCAGAAGUCAAAAAGGGAGGUGUUGAUAUAUUGGAAUUUUCAGGGAUCAUAAUGGAACCUCCGAAGAAACAAUUCCAUAUAUCCUGUGCAUACCAAUAUACACCUGAACACCACGACACAUUGUGUAAACUAGCUCAUGAAAUACAUCUUAACUGUGAUACACGCUGGGACCUUAGAUUAUAUUCCAGAGAUCCUAAAGUUGGAAAGUUUGAGGUACGUAAGGUUUUAAGACCGUACCAGCCUAAGAUGAUGGAUGAACUAGAAUUAGUAAUUGGUGAUUAUAUACUUAUUGACCCAUCAGAAGUAUCUAACAGUGCAGAUAGUUGGUAUAAUGGUGUGCUGUGGUCAACUGGUGUUCAUGGUGCUUUCCCUGGUACAUUUACUAAACGUACUGCAGAAACAUGGACAUGGACAUUACACAAAACACUGUUUGAAGAGGAAACUUGUCAGAUCAUGGAUGGCAAAUAUGUAGGAACCUGCAAAAAACAUGAAACAAUAUAUCUAGAUCUGUGUUUUAAUCAGAUUGGAGAACAGCAACCCUUAAAAUUAGAAGAAAAAAACUUGAUACUAUCAGUGUCCUUUACAAAGACACAAAGUUUAGAAAACCUCUUUACAAUCACUUGGAUUAUUACACAUAAUUUUGAUGAAACUAUUUUACGACAAUUCAGGUCCAUACCAUUAAAAUUUAAAGAAAAAUCAGUAGAAGAAAGAAAUGGUAUAGUAGGUAAUCUAUUUCAUACAGCAUCUGAUCCUGUUUAUGCCAAGGUACACAAAGACAAAAAACAUAAACAUGUUCGUAAUUUAUUUGUAAUGAGACAUGGAGAAAGGAUUGAUUUCUGUUUUGGACGAGAUUGGACAGAAAAUGUAUUUGAUGAGGAUGGUAAAUAUCAUCGUAAUAAUCUCAAUUUACCAAAAACCAUGUAUAAACGGAAGAAUCAUUUAGAGUACAUUAGAGAUUCACCUUUAAGUGAAACUGGUAAACAUCAAGCAAGAUUGACAGGUGCUGCUUUUAGAGAAGAAAAUGUUUCUGUAUCUCAUAUUUUUGCUUCACCAGCCUUACGAUGUGUGGAAACAGCUCAAGCAUUUCUUGAAGGUUUGAUAUGUUUUAGUGGAGGCCAUCUGAAAAUCUGUAUAGAGCCCAGUUUAUUUGAGUAUUUAGGUUGGUACCAUCCUAUUAUUCCAAUAUGGAUGAAGCCAGAGGAACUCCAUAAACAAGGCUUCAAAAUCAAUACAGGUUAUACUCCAUUCCUGGCAAUCAAAGACAUGAAUUUAGAUGAAAGUAUUCAAGAAUGUUAUGAUCGUACUGCUAACUUCUCCAGAUUUGUGGUGAAAAAACUACCACCUGAUGGUGGUAAUAUAUUAUUAGUGGCACACGCUGGAAGUUUAGAUAUGUGUACUCAUCAACUUUGUGGCCUUAAUGCCAAGUCAGCCACUGAUUUUCACCUACAAUUAACUAGUAUACCUUAUUGUGGACUAUGUAUGGUACAGGAGGAUAUGGAGGCCAAGAAAUGGAUAAUGAAAGAACCACCAAUUCCAUCUCUUAUACAUGGUUCCAACAGAUCUUUUGAUUAUAAACUUCUACAGGCAAAUUUUCAAAAAUAG